CAAGGUUGGAAACAAAAUAAGACUUUUACUCUGCUAGACUUCACACUAUUGUUCUGGGCGAAUUGCUUUAUUCUGACAUUGAGUCCAGUCAUCUAUCGGACGUUGUGGCGUUCAAAAACACGUAUCCACGGUUUUACAGACGUUUCUUACACAAUGUUAGCUUAUGGAAAAAGUCUUUUGGGGCCGCAGUGCAUCAUGGGACGUUGUAAUUACACCGUGUGGCCGCUAUGAAAACUAGCUUCAGAGUGUGGCGCUGUUCCCGGGAGUUUUUUGUCCUCUGCAGGACGCCGUAGUUUAGAGGUGUUUCCGCGCCGGACGCCAUGUUGUUCAAACGUUCCGGUGCCCUGCAGAGUAAAUAGCAUCAACAGCGACCUGCUUCAAGAAUCCGCGCUAAAACCACAUUCAGCUUCACUCAGAGACAAAAUGGCUUCCAGAUCAGAGGAGCAUCUCUACUGUCCAGUCUGUCGAGAUGUCUUCAGAGUUCCUGUUGUUCUGUCCUGUAGCCACAGCUUCUGUAAAGUCUGUCUGCAGAGCUGGUGGAGAGAGAAACAAUCACAGGAGUGUCCAGUUUGUAGGACAGUGUCUUCAACGAGACAACCACCUGUUAGUCUGGUCUUAAAGAACCUGUGUGAAGCCUUCUUGUUAGAGAGAGACCAGAGAGUUUCAGAUGGUCUCUGCAGUCUGCACUCUGAGAAACUCCAGCUCUUCUGUCUGGACCAUCAGCAGCCGGUGUGUCUCGUCUGCAGAGACUCAGAACAACACACCAACCACACAGUCAGACCCAUCAAUGAAGCUGCACGACAACACAAGAAGAAACUUGAAGAAACUCUGCCGACCUUAAAGGGGGAGUUAAAGGUAUUUGAACAAGUUACAGUGAAGCUCGAUCAGACAGCAGAAUACAUGAAGGUCCAGGCCCGACACACAGAGAGGCAGAUUAAGGAUCAGUUUAAGAAGCUGCACCAGUUUCUAGCAGAGGAAGAGGAGGCCAGGAUGGCUGCACUGAGGGGGGAAGAGGAGCAGAAGAGUCAGAUGAUGAAGGAGAAGAUGGAGGCUCUGAGCAGAGAGAUAGCAGCUCUUUCACACACAGUCAGAGCCACAGAGGAGCAGCUGAGAGCUGAAGACGUCUCAUUCCUGCACAACUACAAGGCUGCAGUGGAAAGAGUCCAGCAGCGCCUCCUGCUGGAGGAUCCACAGCUGCCCUCAGGAGCUCUGAUAGACCAGGCCAAACACCUGGGCAACCUGAGCUUCAACAUCUGGAACAAGAUGAAGGACAUGGUCUCCUACACUCUUGUGGUUCUGGACCCAAACACUGCUGGGCUAAAACUCAUCCUGUCUGAAGAUCUGAGCAGUGUGAGAGGAGGAGAGAAACAGAAGCUUCCUGAUAAUCCAGAGAGGUUUGUUAACCUCUACUCUGUCCUGGGCUCUGAGGGCUUUAACUCAGGGACUCACAGCUGGGAGGUCGAGGUUGGAGACAGUACCUUCUGGUCACUGGGUGUGUGUGCAGAGUCUGACCAGAGGAAGGGUUAUGUAUGGUCUGGAUUCUGGCAUGUUGAGUUAUACAGUGGUAAAUACACAGCAUGUGCACCGUUAACUCCAGACACUGUUCUUGUAGUUCAGAAGAAGCUCCAGAGGAUCAGAGUGAUUCUGGACUGUGACAGAGGAAAGCUGUCGUUCUCUGACGCUGACACUAACACACACAUACACACCUUCACACACACUUUCACUGAGAAGAUGUUUCCGUGCAUUCGCAGUGUAGAUAACCUGAAGAUAUUACCACUGAAGGUGUGUGUGACAGUGGAACAGAGCAGGUAGAAAUAAACAUGACUUUUGUGUUUUUUUCUUAAUGAGAAAAGCUGCUGAAUUUACCUGCUGCUCCUGCUGUCAUCUUUAUCAUCUUUAUCUUAAUUUCAGCUAUUAUUUCAUUAUUUGUUUUGUUUUUGUAUCUUAAUUUCAGAUGUGACAAAACAUGGAUCUGUAAUUUUAUUUGAUUAACACGACCAGGACAUUGGAAUUAAUUAUGCAACAAUUACACAGUAUUUCUAUACACAAAGGCCUCAGUCAUUAUAAAAAAUAUGAAGCGUGAAAUCAUCAACUUCUGAUCAAAAAUGUUUGAGUGGCCAAGAUCCAAGACAGGUUAUUUUAAAGUCUAGAUUAUAGUUUGUGGAUAUUAGAAUCAAAACAUGAUAAUGGUGGUGAUUUCAUAUCAUGUUUUUCAUCAACAUAAAAUAUUGCCUCUUCAUGGUUGUCAUGAUUCAUCUUAUUAAGUCCAUCUGUAUCAGACCUAAUUCAUUCUGUUAGUUCUGGAAAGAGUGGAAUAAAGUUUCUAAAAGUCUGGAAAUGCAUCA